AUGAUCCAAUUGAUAUUAUCAUUCUUAUUGCCAUUUAUACCGAUGUUAUACGGUAAUGAGAAUGCUAAACGAUUAUAUGAUGAUUUGAUGGUAAAUUAUAAUAAGCAUCGGCGACCGGCACCAGCACCAAAUAAACCGAUUACUAUUAAGCUUAAAUUACGGCUUUCACAAAUUAUUGAUGUUCAUGAAAUUGAUCAAAUCAUGACAUGCAGCGUUUGGUUAAAACAAGUAUGGAUGGAUAAAAAAUUAUCAUGGAAUCCACAAAGUUACGGCGGAGUUAAUGUACUUUAUGUACCAUAUGAAAUGAUUUGGGUACCUGAUAUUGUCUUAUACAAUAAUGCUGACAGUAACUAUAACAUAACAAUUAGCACAAAAGCAACAUUACGAUACGAUGGUCAAGUAACCUGGGAACCACCGGCUAUUUUUAAAACGUUAUGUCAAAUUGAUGUUCGAUGGUUUCCAUUUGAUGAACAACAGUGUUAUUUUAAGUUCGGUUCCUGGACAUACUCCGACGAUUUAUUAAAUUUGGAAUUUUUGGAUGGCAAAGCACACUAUGAAUUAGAAACGAAUGAAAAUGGUAAAUUGGAUAAUAUUACAAUUGUCGAAGAAGGAAUUGAUCUUUCUGAUUACUAUCCUUCAGUGGAAUGGGAUAUAAUGUCAAGGAUUGCAAAGCGACAUACGAAAAAUUAUCCGACUUGUUGCUCUGAUGGAACAUAUAUUGAUAUUAUGUUUUACUUAGAAUUACGUCGUAAACCAUUAUUUUACACGGUAAAUUUGGUAUUUCCAUGUGUUGGUAUAUCAUUUCUAACAAUUGUCGCCUUUUAUUUGCCGUCACGAAGUGGUGAAAAGGUCACACUAUGUAUCUUAAUAUUGGUCGCAUUAACUGUUUUUUACCUUUUAUUGAAAGAUAUAAUUCCGGCAGCAAGUAUCGCUCUACCUUUAAUCGGUAAAUAUCUUUUAUUUACAAUGAUUAUGGUAUCGCUCAGUGUGCUCGUUACUGUCAUUUCAUUGAAUUUACAUUUUCGAAGGCCAACAACUCAUCAAAUGCCUGAUUGGGUCAAAUGGCUAUUUCUGAAGAUAUUACCCAAAAUAUUAUUGAUGCGACGACCAGUAAUAAUUGAAACUGAUGAAGCAUUUCGUAAGGCUAAUCAUCGACGAAGAGAAUUAUGUGAAAGUAUGAUAAUUAAUCGUUAUGAACAAAAAGUAAGUUGUGUUGAAUGCGUUAAUGCAAAUAUACAUUUUAAUGAAGAAAUUCAAAAAUUUUAUCAUUCGCCAUAUGUUAUUAAGGCAUUUGAGAAUGUUUGUUUCAUCGCGGAUUUGUUAAAGAAGAAAGAUCGCGAUUCGAUGAUUGAUGAAGAUUGGAAAUUUGUUGCUAUGGUAGUUGACAGAUUAUUCCUUUUGCUUUUUUCAAUUACCAGUUUUUCGGGUACUGCCCUAAUUCUUUUUCAGGCUCCAAGUUUAUAUGACACACGGCAAGCCAUUAAUUAG